UUUCCACACAUUUUGUAACAAAAAUGUUUCAAAACUGUCAAUCCAUUUUAAGAGAAUGGUUCCCCACUUUUUACGAAAAUCAUUAUUGAUAAUUUUAGUAUCACUAAAAACUUGAUCCGUUUACCUAUUUAACAACCGGUCUCUAACAUUCUCUUGCCUAGCCUUAAGACCGUGACAACAUUACCAUGUUGUGAGUAAAAUCAAAUUCUUUUAAGUUGGUCUAAUCGGUCCGGUCUGGCAAGGCCAAACUUGAUAACAGGACCUUGGCCACAAUAACAUUUUAAUUAAAAAAAAAAACUAACAGAUUGAUACCAACAACAGAAAAUAUGGUAUCAGCAACUACAAAACUUGGCUUCAUUUUUCUCAUUUCGUUUUUGGUUCUGAUCCCAACCCUGCUAGCCCAUAUAGGCGGUUACGACGAGGAAUGGCAGAAACGAGCUGAAGAAUCAAAGAAAGCUGCCCUUGAAGCCUAUGAACCUAACCCAGAACAAGUUACUGAAAAUUUGAACUAUGAAGUUAACAAGUUGACAGAGGGGUCCAACAGUACAAGAAGGGAAUUGAAGAAGUACUUUGGUCCUUGUUUGGCUACAAACCCCAUCGACAGGUGCUGGCGUUGCAAGAAGCAUUGGGCCAAUAACCGAAAACGCUUGGCUAAAUGUGUUCUUGGUUUUGGUAGGAAAACCACAGGAGGUAAGAGGGGGUCAUACUACAUUGUCACUGACCCCUCAGACAAUGAUGUUCAGAGUCCAAAACCCGGGACUCUUCGCCACGCUGUGAUCCAAAAGAAGCCGCUAUGGAUCUUUUUCGCGCGCAGCAUGAUCAUCAGGCUGUCUCAAGAGCUUCUAAUAACGAGUGACAAGACCAUAGACGGUCGUGGAGCCAAUGUACACAUUGCUUAUGGGGCUGGAAUUACAAUUCAAUUCGCUCAAAAUGUGAUCAUCCAUGGGCUUCGGAUACAUGACAUUGUGUCAAGUAAUGGUGGUCUGAUUAGAGACUCUGUGGAUCAUAUUGGACUCCGUACGGUUGCUGAUGGAGAUGGGAUUUCAAUCUUUGGAUCGACCAAUAUUUGGCUUGAUCACAUUUCAAUGUACCGUUGUCAAGAUGGUUUAAUUGAUGUCAUCCAAGGCUCUACAGCCAUAACCAUUUCCAAUUGCCAUUUCACUCAUCACAAUGAUGUGAUGCUAUUUGGUGCUAGUGACAGCUUUGAAGGUGACAAGAUUAUGCAAGUGACAGUGGCUUUCAACCAUUUUGGAAGAGGACUUGUACAGAGGAUGCCAAGGUGCAGAUGGGGUUUCUUCCAUGUGGUUAAUAAUGACUACACUCAUUGGCUUAUGUACGCCAUUGGUGGAAGCUCACAUCCCACCAUUAUUAGCCAAGGAAAUCGAUUCAUAGCCCCUCCAAACACUGCUGCUAAACAAGUGACCAAGAGGGACUAUGCUAGUGAAUCGGAAUGGAGAUCAUGGACAUGGAGAUCUGAGGGAGAUCUAAUGAUGAAUGGAGCUUUCUUUGUUCAAUCAGGAAAUCCCAGCAAGAAAAGGCCAUUUGGCAGACGUGACAUGAUCAAGGCCAAGCCUGGUACUUUUGUCACUAGGCUUACACGCUUUGCAGGUGCCCUUAACUGCAAAAUCCGCAAGAAAUGCUAGAACAUAUAAACAUAUAUACAUAAAUAUAAAAUAUAUAGUAUUCACUUUUUAAUUUCUAUCUUUAAGAAAAAAUAAGCACAACUAUGUCAAAAGAAAAGAUCAGCCGAGUGGUGAAGGUGGCUCUAAAAAUGCUUUUGCUUAGGAGUAUGUGAAAGGUUGAAAAUGAAUUUUUACUUAAUUA